UGCAGCAAGACAAUCAAGACGAGGGGCAGAGUGACAUCAAGCAAGACAAAGGAGAAACAGUAAUGUUUCAGGCCAUGACAGAAAACAUGUUUCCGCUGCGCUGACAGUAGAUGCACUAGCUCUAGGACUGCAUUGCUGCUGAGAUGUUGCAGAACAAUGGCGGCAGCAGAUUUGGGCGCGUCCAGGAGCCCGAAUUUGAGCUCCGGGCCCCCCACUCGUGGUGAUCUUCGGCUCGUGGGCAAGACCCUCAGAAGACUGGAUAAACUCCAACAGCUGUGCAGUACCCCUCGGCUUGGACUGAGAAAUAGUCCGCCAUACCUACCACAGCUGCUGUCAGAGACCUCAGUGCUGCUCAUCCAGGUCUGGGAGCCUUUCCAAGGCUUCAGGCAGGCAGGUGGACAGGUGCCACACGGAGACGAGGCAGAGUACCUGAGGAUCCAUAUCAAAAACCUCUUUGAUAAGACAGAGCGGGCUCUACUGCUGUUUAAAGAAGGACGGAGGAAGAUAUAUGAAGAGACUUCAACUUACAGGAGGAAUUUGACCAAGCUGACUUUGUUGUUCAGUCACAUGCUGUGGGAGCUGAAGGCCUUUUAUCCAGGAGGAUGUUUUCAGGGUGACAAAUACAGGGUGGCGUUAUCUGCAGCUGAGGACUUUUGGAGGGAGUCAUUUGGCGACAAGUGUAUAGUGCAGUGGAAUACCUUUAAAGAACAGCUGAGAAAUGUACAUCCAUUUGAGGAAGGGAUGGAAUCUAUGGCUCUGAAGUCAACCAUUGACUUAACUUGCAACGAUCACAUCUCUGUGUUUGAGUUUGAUGUUUUCACACGACUGUUUCAGCCGUGGAGGACUCUUUUAAUGAACUGGAACCAGCUGGCCGUGACUCAUCCAGGCUACAUGGCCUUCCUCACCUAUGACCAGGUUAUAGCUCGUCUGGAACACUACCUGCACAGACCUGGGAGCUAUAUCUUUCGUCUGAGCUGUACAAAAAUGGGAGAGUGGGCUAUUGGCCACGUGACAUUUGAUGGUGCCAUCAUCCAGACUAUCCCGGAGGACAUACCUCUCUACCAAGCUCUGAUUCAAGGCUUCAAUCAGGGCUGCUACUUGUACCCAGAUGGCCGGGAUGUGAACCCUGACUUGAAAAGCUUGUGUGAACCAGCCAGCAGAGGAAAAGUUAAAGUUACAGAAGAACAGUAUGAGCUUUACUGUGAGAUCGGCAGCACCUACCAGCUAUGUAAGAUAUGCACAGAGAGGGAUAAAGACACCCGGAUUCAGCCCUGUGGCCAUCUCCUGUGCCAAACCUGCCUCACAGGCUGGCAGCAGAAGUCAGCUGGCCAAACCUGCCCAUACUGCCGCUGCGACAUCAGAGGAACAGAGUCCAUCCUCCUGGAGCCGUACGUGCCAGUCAGCGAUCAGGUGCUGGUGGAGGAGGGCGAUGAUGACGACGACGAAGAGGAUCAUGUGGAUAUUGAAGAAAUGGUAAAGGAAAUAGCUGCCCUGAGGAAGUUUUCCAGUUUGGACUUCCAGUAUCCCAGCUCUCACAUUAGCGCUCCACCUUUACCCCCUAAAAAUAAUACAAUGCCACGCUGUCCCUCUCCCUCCGUCCAGUCUCAGACGUCUGAAAUUAAGACACUGCCCAAACACUCCAACUCUUAUUCGCCUCAAAGUAGCAGUGAAACGGAAAGGUACAGAAAACAGACAAACAGUUGUCGAACGGAGGGUUUACGCGGCAGUGAAGAGGAAUAUGCUGGUGAGCUGAGACCACGCCCUUUCUCUCACAGCGUGGAACACCUGAGAGAAGCAAACUUUCCUUCCUCCUCUCAGAGAGCUGACGACAGUGGAGUACCCUGGCUCGGACCCAACAUCCCUGUAAUGGAGAGAAGACAUAAGGAAAAGGAGAUGAGCAGACCAGGGCUCAGAAAAGACAAGUACGCUCAGGGAGAGAUGAAGAGAACAAUGUCAUCCUGAGUGACAAACAACAUGUAGAGUCAAUAGACUUAAUUUCAUCCAAGAAAUCAGCCUUUGUUGAAUGUAAAAAAUAAUAUUUAAUGCUGCAAACUACCAUGUGCAUGCUGCACUGCUGAAAAUGAGUGGAGUGUUUGGGACUAACAGAAAAAUUGCCCACUGUGGCCUCCUACUGUUUGAUAAUUGCACUGCCAUUAGCAACACGGUAGGUUCAGUACUAAUUCCUAAAUAUAGUGUCACAUUAGAUCUUCUUUGGAGUUAAAGUAUUUACUGACACUCUGAAACAGAAAUUAAGGAGAGGCUUAAUAAUUGACAAUGUGAUUUUUAUUAAAUAAUAGAAAAACCCUACCUCUUUCUUUAAUCUAUAACAUAAGUUUGUUCUUGUAAAUGUUAUAAGAGUAGAGAAGGGCCUCUAUAUUGAUAAAGCAGUUGUAACCCUUUGAAAACAGCAGAUAAAUAACAUUACAGUCAUUCAGUUUUACAUAAAAGUGUUUCACAAUUUCUUCAGAUAUGAUAUUUGACCUACAUGCAGAAGACAUGCUGCAUGUGUACUUUAACCAGACUUGUUGAACAUUUAUUUCUCUCUCCCCGUCACUCCAAAUAAGGGUCUUUGAGUAUGUGUGAGUGUUAAGGUGCUGCAGGAUAUUGCUAAGCAAGCUGUAUCAAGUACCUCCAAGACAGAGUCACAGAAAGACCCUUUCUCUGGAAGGGCAAAAGCAAAGAUGCAUCACAGAGGAACAUUUCAGUCUAAGAAUGAGAGAGAGCGUUAUUAUGUACAGGUUAUUGCUGUUUAGGUCAUUCUCUAGUGAACAGAGUAACUUGGAAAGAUGCAUGAGAAACAUGCACAGUUUGUGUGACUUCAGGCAGUUCAGACGUGAACUAUAUUGAAAGUGAUAUGUAAGUGUUACUAUAUCUGACAUAGAAGGAUUACCAUCAAAACUGUACAGGAAAUGAUAAAUGCUGAAUUGAUCCAGACAUAAAGUGAUACAUUAAAAGGCGGUCAGAAUAAUGUGAAGGCGCUUUAUUUACAUCUGUAACUGAUUAUAAAUACAGUAACCUGUAACUGAUGCAUUUUUGGUCUUCAAGUUUUAUUUGAUGUUCUUUUUUCCAUUAAAUACAAACAGACCAAUCAAAAAA